GGUUUAGUCCAAUUUCUAGCCUUGCCCUGUGAACACAUUCCCGUGGAGUCUUUCCGUUUUCCGGUGGUUGUUUUUUUUGCAGCGAUCAUAGCAAGGAAAAUUCAGUGGAAAAGCGCAGGCAGUGUAUGUGGUGUAGUUUUCUUUUUGCCAGAGUUUCGUAGUUUUGUAGUUCGGCGUGAAGUUUCUUUUUUUUCUGGAGCACAAUCAGCAGUUGCCGUUUGUUGGCUCGAUUAACAUUUUCAGUGUGAAAAAAGAGAAAGAAUUAGUGUACUGAAAAUCGAUAAAAGCAAAGAUUCUCUAGCGCCAACGAAAACGGGACGGAAAAGUGUGUUGAAUCGAAAGUGCAUUGAGCUUUUGGUCUGGUCCGGUUUUUCACUGAAUUCAUUUUCGGUUUCGUGUUUUGGUAUUGAUCCAUAUAUCAGUUGUCGUCAGUAGCAGCCACAGCAGAAGCAGCAGUAUUUCAGCGAAAAUCAUGGCCACAUAUGCAGCAUUCAAACAUGUCGAGCUCUACAACGUCGGAAACACCAAAAAAAGGGUCCUGAAGCCUCCAGGUGGUGGAAGCAGCGAUCUGUUCGGUACCGACAACAUGCCUCAGACUCCACGUAACUCGAAGAAUCGGAUGCAGUCAAACAUUUUCGCCGCACCGGAUUCACAGCGAGCUGGCAACGUAUUUCGGCAAGGAAUUCACCGAUACUAUUUACUCGGCGGUGAAACACCGCGCCGUGCCGUGGCCGGUCAGGAUUCGCACAACCGGCUGUUCGGUGAGGUGGAACGCCCGUACACACCGGCCAAGAAUCACAUGAAGAGCAAUCUGCCGAUCGGGCCCGUGGAUCAACCGGACUCCGCCGCCGCCGUCGUCGUCGCCGCCGCUAAGACCAACGGCCACAGCAACGGUACGAAGACAAACGGGCACUAUCAGAAUGGAAACGGCGUGGCACCGGCAACCAAUGGCCAUAGCAACUCCAACGGCAUCAGCAACGGAACCACCAAUGGCCACAGCAAUGGUUCGUCGUCUUCGGCUCUGUCCCAGAAUGGAUCCACUCACAUCUUCCUGAGGAGAUUAACGUCACCCAAAUCAUCAACAUCGUCGACACCCCGCUCGCCCCGGUUUAACAAGCGGAACCCGGUCACCGGAAAUGGCGUCGAGGAUUACGCCGACAAACCGCGGAAGCCGAGCUCGAGGCGAGGAGGUAAUUCCUACGAAUCGGGCAACCCGGUGACCGGCGAAGGAUACAAAUCGGGUGGUGCAGCGGAGAUAAACACAACCGUGCCAUCGCUGAACGGCGGUGGCCACGUCAUCAACAAGAAUCGCAUUCCUCCCGGUGGGUUCUCGUCCGGACUGUGGUAAGAAGGACCGUGACUGUGUGAGUGUACAGUUUAAGAUUUUUGUCCGGUCAUUUGGAGAAGGGAAAUUGCCAGCAGCAUCAGCAGAACAAACAAACUACCGACAUCCCCUUCGAUAGAGAGAAGAGACAGACAGAAGAACAACACAAAAUGCUAACUAAAACCUACAAUAACUACCGAACCAAGAUGUCAGCCGCAAACCAUCCAUUCACAUUCAUUCGAGCAGGGAUGGAAACUGUUGCCGCCCGUAAAAAUCGACAGUCGGUCCCAUCGGGGUCGUCUUGUGCGAAUAUCCAAAAAAAUAUAGCAUCCAUGUACCGAAUAGCAGCUCCCUGUGCAAAUUUCCAAUGCAAAUUAUAAAAAAAACAGACAACUGAUAGUGAUAGUCCAUUAUCAAAAAUAUAUAUACAUGCCUAGAUGAUUCCGACUACGUUUUAGUGUUUUUCGAAAGAUUUAUAAAAUAGAAGAAAAACACACUACCCAUGCAAAUAUAAAUAGUUUGAGUUCGAAAAAAAAACAUAAACCGUAUAUACGACAUAACUACAAUACAAAUAUCUAUUCUGUGUAAAAAUUAUAAAAAGCAAUAGAAAAUUAAAAUACUUUGACGAAUAUCCAAAACAACACACAAUUAAUUACACACCAUCCCGUCCCUUCACAGGGAGGAAAUCAAAUCUCUAUCGAUUCAUAGUUUGAAUUACUGGGAGAUUAACGAAGGUGAAAAACGAAAAAUCGAAUCGAAAACAACAAACAAACAAACAAGCAAAUGACGAACAACGCUGUUGGCAAUAUGGUUAUGGGGCUAUGGCGCGACAGUGCAGGCCAAGUGCGUGCGUAUAUUCAACAAUCAAGACACCAAAUCCAACCAAUUUAUUAUACCAUUUUUUGUUUUCGUCUGUGGCCACUGUGCUGUCGCGUCGCGUACAGAACAGAUUGAUUCGAUCAGAUCGAUGAUAUACUAAUUAACAACGUUGAGAGCAAUUACUAAACUUAUCACACACAGCAAGAAUAAUACACGUACAUACAUAGAGCAGAAAAUAAAAAAAAAAAUAAAAACUACACGAAUGUAUUUAAAACAGUGUAGUUUCUUCCGUUUUCGAAUAUUAAAAAUGUACCACUUUUACACCCCGGAAAACUUACAGCAUACAAGUAUUUUGUAAAUCCUUUGAGUGUUCGUUUUGUGUCCGUCUUAUCGUUGCCUUGAUCGGCUAAUUUGUCAUUUUGAUUAAAUUAAUCAAUAACGGCUGGUUUUUUCUUGACAAUGAUCACAUUCACUCGUUUUUUUUUGCGCUAAUAAAUCAUACAGAGAAAUAACCUAUAUAUUUGUCAUAAUAUUGUAUUUGUACUCUUAUAAAACUAUUACGGUACGAUUAUAUACGAAGCGAAAAUGAUAUCUUUCCAGCUAUUAUCCUCUGUUUUUUUUUGUUUUACUCCGAUAUACGAACUAAGCCUUAUUUGAUGAUUUUUAUAAAAUUAUUAAAUAUGCCAGUAAGUAGUAGUGGUUCAAAAUUAAAUGUGAACGAAAGUGGCCUCAAAAGUAGAACGUUUUCCAAAACUGAAAAUAUAUAAACACUCUAUUUAAUCUGUUAUUGUGCGAUAGAGAAGAUGAGAAGAAAAAAAAAACAAACGGUCAUGUUAUUAGAAAAGUCAAACGAUUUGAACACUGAUGAUUGAUAAUAAAAAAUUUGUAAUAUCGGUAAUGGUUGGAAAAAAAAAGAUAUACUGAACCCAGUUGACGGGGCGAAGAGUCGGUUAUCAAACGGAACCCCCCCUCAAACUGCAAGUUCUAGAGCGGAUAGAGAGGAAUUAUAGCGAUGUCGAUACAUUCUAUAUAUUUGCAUUACACUUUGAGAUAACAAGAUGAUAAGAAGAAAAUUAAUACAAUCCAGCAAAUAAUGGCAAAACCAUAGAAAAAAAACGUAUCUUGAUUAUUGAACUUGAUUGAUUUACUUCUUUUCAUUUGUAAUAAUAAAUUUUAAUUUAAUA